CAGGCCCCUCCUCCCUCCUCACGUCAAACAACCCGAGCAGUCCGACCAGUUAGCAUUUUGCAGCUCACUACCAGCGGCCGGGUCGCCUGAACCACAACGCAGGGUGGCCCUUUGGAUUUCGAGGAGGAGAUCCGAACGCCUAGCUCGUUAGCUAACAGUGGUCAAGAUGAACGGCCAGCUGAACGGUUUCCAUAACAACUCGCCCGUCGACGACGACUGCUUCCUCUUCACGUCGGAAUCCGUGGGAGAAGGGCAUCCCGAUAAGAUUUGUGACCAAAUUAGCGAUGCUGUUUUGGAUGCGCAUCUUACCCAAGACCCAGAUGCCAAGGUAGCGUGUGAGACGGUCGCUAAGACAGGGAUGAUCCUGCUGGCUGGUGAGAUCACCUCUAGGGCUGUGGUAGACUACCAGAAGAUUGUGCGAGAGACAAUCAAGCGCAUCGGCUAUGACGACUCCUCCAAAGGCUUUGACUACAAGACCUGCAAUGUGCUGGUGGCUUUGGAGCAGCAGUCCUCAGACAUCGCUCAAGGCGUUCACCUGGACCGAAAAGAGGAGGACGUGGGUGCCGGUGACCAGGGUCUAAUGUUUGGAUAUGCCACUGAUGAGACGGAGGAAUGCAUGCCUCUCACCAUCAUUCUGGCCCACAAGCUCAACGCCAAGAUGGCUGAGUUACGCCGCGAUGGAGCGUUGCCGUGGCUCCGACCAGAUUCCAAAACUCAGGUGACAGUCCAGUAUAGACAGGACCGCGGCGCCGUGGUGCCGCUGCGCGUCCACACCAUUGUGAUCUCUGUGCAGCACGACGAGCUCGUCAGUCUGGAAGAGAUGCGUCACAGUCUGAAGGAGCAGGUGGUCAAAAUGGUGGUCCCUCCUGGCUACCUGGACGACAACACCGUCUAUCACCUGCAGCCCAGUGGUCGCUUCGUCAUCGGGGGGCCGCAGGGUGACGCCGGUCUGACUGGGCGCAAGAUCAUCGUUGAUACUUACGGGGGCUGGGGGGCCCACGGAGGCGGCGCUUUUUCCGGCAAGGACUACACCAAGGUGGACCGCUCCGCUGCCUAUGCCGCUCGCUGGGUGGCCAAGUCGCUGGUGAAAGCGGGACUGUGUAGGCGUGUUUUGGUCCAGGUGUCCUACGCCAUCGGGGUGGCUCAUCCACUGUCCAUCUCCAUCUUCCACUACGGGACAUCCCAGAAGAAUGAGAAUGAGCUGCUGGACAUCGUGAGGAAGAAUUUCGACCUACGUCCAGGAGUGAUUGUGAGGGAGUUGGACUUAAAGAAGCCAAUCUACCAGCAAACUGCAUCGUACGGUCACUUUGGUCGUGUCCUCUUUUCAUGGGAGGUUCCCAAGGAGCUCAAAUACUAACCCCCUCCUCCUGUUUGCUUGUCGCCCCCAGACACUCUGUGUGUUCACCUCUUUCUGCCCUCCUCUUCCUCUGCACAAAUAGCCCCAUCACUGCCACCUCCACUGCACUUUGUUUUCAGUCUUCAGCCAUUUUGUCUGCCUGCUCAACCCUAUUUAACAUACACGUAUGUGUCGAGAUUACACUCCACUCAAGCCAAUCAAGCACAUAGCUGUAGUUGGUUUCCUUCUCUGUGCUGUCCCUUCACGCCAUUUUCUUUCUGACGUUUUACAGAGAAGUCAGAAGCUGCUAAUGACCAUUUUGGCUGUGUUGGGCUCCACGAAAAUAUCACUCUUAUUUUUUAUUUUAUUUUUAUUCUACCGCUCCAAAUGUCAUGGGAUCAUUCUAAAUGAGGUUAAUUGUUGUAGGUGUCAUUACAGAGUAGCCCAGCUUGUUUACUGGAGGGGGGCUUGCCUUUGUCAUGAGGUACUGCCCCCACACUUGAUGCAUAGAAUGUCUUUUGACUGUCGAGCAACAGAAAUCGACAGAACAAAAAAUGUUGAUUUCCCACUUGUUGUUACAUCACACGUAAUAGACACCUUCUCUGUUGAAUAAGUUUCGCACUGCUGAUAAAACAGCAUCAGGUUGAACUCAUUGAAUGCUGCAUGCUUCUCAUACUUGACUUCCAAUUGGAUGUGGCCUGUACUGCUAUCUUCAACCAGGCGGCGUCCAAAGCAUUUCUAUGAUUUGUGAAUGAAUGAUUCCUGUUUAUUUUUAACGGUCAAGAAAGUGCAUUCCACUAAAGCAAGGAUCAUUUAUCACUCGUCACCUUGUUCGCUCCAAAGACUUGUUUCAGCACAACUUUGUCAUUAAUUUUUCCGCCCAAAUGCGAUUGUUUGCAUUUUAAAAUGCUACUGAUCCCUCACCAAAGACUAUGACUUGCAUAUUCCUUUUACGCAACUUUGCAAAGUGAGAUAUUGCUGAAACUGUGUGCAGUUUCACACAGCAUCCCCCAAUCAGAUCAUUGGACGUGGUGACAUUAGCCACAGUGUCUCGUGUGAAAUUUAAAGUACUUGUCAGACAGCAACCUUAGUCUCUUCCACACUGCAUGUCAAUGCGAGCUUUUUCUUGUAUCACGCUUCUGUGUGAAAGGUAACAACGCGGAAUGGGGCGGACGAAAGCGUCCUGGUAAUUUGGCUGGGAUGUUGUGAAGAACAAUAUUUGUUUAGGGGGGUUGAAGCCUAAAAUAGGUCUACCGACGCCACUGGGUCCAGGCUUUAACAGGCAGUGUGAAAGGAUUUUGGCAAGCCCUGUCUUUAUCCUCUCUUUGUGUCGGACACUAUCCUGUGGUUCCUGGAGUGUACUACAGAGAAACUUCAUUAGAGCCAAAGAUGGGUGGUGCAAAGAGGAUGUAUGCUGAAUCAUCAAGUAAAAGGACUUCCCAAUGACUGUUGACAUUACGUUUACAUCCACAAAAUGGGAGUGACCUUAAUUGGCUGGUGUUGUACAGAGAAACCAGCCUGUUUACAUGGGAUCUCCCACAUUUACCCUUGUUAAAUUAUUCUGUAAAGAAAAAGAUGUCAGUCUGCGUGUUGAUUGUGUAAGUGCCUUUUCUCAUAUUCUGCAUUGCCUUUCACCCUCCCCCAUCGUUCCCUUUGUUGUUUUACUGUUUCAUCCUCAGGAGUCUAACCUGCUGUUGAGCUGCUCCCUCAAAAUAAACCACACGCUUUGCUUGUGCAA